AUGGCGGACAUAGCAGCCGCAUCCGUUAAGUUGCCACCACUUUCCGAGUCCUUCGUGGACAUUUGGUUCGCUAGGGCAGAGGCAAUGUUCGUCAAGGCCUGUAUCAAGCUCCAAGACACGAAAUUUGCCCACUUUAUUUCAAUCUUGAGCGAUGACCAAAUGGUCAAGGUGCACAAGGCCAUCACAGAGCCACGGGCCGGCCACGAGUAUGAUGAUCUGAAGGAAGCCCUCAAGAAUAAACUGAAGCGGAGUUCUUUCAGAAACGUGCAACGGCUCAUUACAGACGAACAAUUGGGGGCCCAGCUACCAUCAGAGCUCCUGUGCUAUUGCGAAAUGCUAAUCCAGCCCAACGAUCGGGGUACGGAUCUGUUUAAACAGAUUUUUUUGAUGAAGCUCCCGCCAACCCUGUAUGGUCAGUUGUCCGCGGAUUUGUCCCUCAAAUUAAGCAACAUUGUUGUAAAAGCUGACAAGAUCGUCAUUGGCUCAAGAGGUAUGGCGGGUUCCUACGGAAAUUCAGGCACCAUGGCUGCUGUGGGCCUAUCGACCCCAGAUCCAGUGGAAGCCUUGUCCGGGAAACUGGAUCUCGUGCUUGAAGCAUUUAACGUUAAACACUCAAAACCUGGUCGAGUGGGACAACCAGACCAAGCUUUUGUGAUCAACUCCUGCGCCUCAGUCUCGGUGUGUCCUCGGCAAUCAGCGGACACCCAUGAUCCCCAUCUCAAUUUGAUAGUGGCAAAUGGAACCCUCAUCAAAACUUAUGGGAAACAGCGAAUGAUCAUUGACCACUCCGGAAAGAAAUGCGCUUGGUCAUUCAUCCUUGCCGACGUCAAGUGUAACUACAUUGGACGAAACUUUUUGGCAUUUUACAAUUUCCUCAUUGACAUGGCCAAAAGAGAAAUAAGAGAAUCAAGCUCGGCCACAUUGCGACUUCAGGGUAUCCAAGAUGCCUCAACGUUUGAGGAUACGGCCAGAUCAGCAAUCCUAACUCCUCCAACCUCCAGUAACAACUUGUUGGUCAAACACAUUCUUGUCCAAUACCCCAAUGUGAUCCAAGAACAGUCUGACUGCCUUCCAACCAUUUGUCACCAUGUGACUCAUGCCAUCGAAACGUUCUCUGACCGACCCAUUCCAGAAAAACCACGGCGUCUGAGUCCAGAGAAGCGCAAGGCACUCUGGGAUAUUUUAGAUUCGCUUUUGCAGGCCGGACUGAUCCGUCCGUCACGAAACCCCUGUGCAGCUCCAGGUCAUGUCGUCCAGAAACCAAAUGGAGGAUGGCGCUUGGUUGGAGACUAUCGGGCCCUGAAUGCAGAAACAACGCCUGACGCCUACUCUUUGCCUCAUCUUCAUGAUUUCACAUACGGUAUGGGGGACUCCAAGAUAUUUUCCAAGCUCGAUCUCGUCUCAGCAUAUCAUCAAGUUCCCAUGAAGCAAUCUGAUUUUGAAAAAACGACUAUUACUCCAUGUUUUGGCCUCUACAAGUAUGUGCAAAUGCCCUUUGGGUUACGAAACGCCGGCCAGACAUUCCAAAGGAUGGACAAUGAAAUCUUUAGGGACAUGCCUUUUGUCUUCAUUUAUGUUGACGAUCUUAUCAUCGCUAGCAGUUCCACUGAAGAGCAUCUACGUCAUGUCAAAUUGGUUCUCACUCGACUUCACGAGCACGGAUUGAUUCAUCCCCACUUGCGCGGACAUUGUGAUGACUCCAUUGACUCCAUGAUAACUCCAAAGGACUCGCAGCUAGUGUGGUCCCAUGAGGCCGAUCAAGCUUUUGAGGACCUGAAACUGGCGCUGGCCAAUGCAUCCCAUCUGAUCUACCCCAUCGAAAAUGCAACCACACGAAUUGUAUGCGACGCUUCCAAGUUUGCCAUUGGCGCAGUUCUGGAACAGAAGGUGGAGCAUGGCUGGCGCCUAAUCUCAUUCUUUAGUAAAAAAUUGUCCAGCUUCGAAUGUCGCUAUUCCACAUAUGACAGGGAACUCCUGGCCAUGUAUCUUGCCGUCAGGCACUUCAAACACUUCGUCGAAGGGACAAUCUUCCACAUUUUAACAGAUCAGAAACCACUUCAGAAAGCCAUCAAGAGCAUUUCGUCCACCCAAACGGAAACCCAGGCUCGCCGACUGGCCUAUAUCGCUCUGCUGACAAGUGAUGUUCAAUAUAUCGAGGGAGAAGAAAACGUGGUGGCCGAUAGCCUCUCGCGGGCACCAGCAUUGGACGCCCUGACCAUCUCCGACCCCCUCUUGCUCCGGGUCUCCAUGGCCCAAGCCAAUGAUCCUGGCUUAGCACACAUGGCUCAAAACAGUGACCGGCAUAAGACACUCAAAAUCAAGGGAGUGAACAUCCUGUGUGAUUGCCAAGGGGCACAGUCACGAGCUCUGGUUCCUUCAGCAGAAAUAACAAACGUGAUGACGGCACUGCACCAUCUCGGGCAUCCGUGA